AUGUCCUCCACCACCGUCGAGACUGCUGCCAACAGCUUUGGUGUCCCAGAAGCCAUGGCUCGUCCAUAUACACCUGCCUGGGCUCCCGAUUCUCGCCAACCGCCUCGCGAUCCUGGCCAUCACCAUCCCCAGAUCUAUAAUCAACCGCCCCAAAGUAUUCGAUUGCCUCCUCCAGAGAGCCUGGUAUCCGGAGCGCCUGGGAGCCGUGGUCCCUCGCAUCUGCAAUCUUCACAGUACCCGAGGCUUGCUCCUCUAUACCAGGGCCCCGAUGUGCCGACCUCUACUCCGCACGCCUCACGCCCUCCACCGCCGCCUGGGCUGCCGUCUCACCACGGUUCAGCCAUCGUGGUCGACCAGCAAAGGCACCAUGGACUACAUCCAGCCCAGACCCCGCCUAUUCUAUCCCCUCCCCCAAGCUCCAACCCGCCAACUUUUCAGAGCCAACGCAUUUUGCACCCUGCCCGAGAACAGGCUACCCCAGGACCUCAACCUGCACUCCCCACUCGUCCUCCAGCUGUCGAUACCCGUGGUGACCAACGCCCAGACAUCCAACCAGCUCCCCCAGCUGCAACCGCAAAGGUACUUGCGCCCGCCGUUAGUAGCCCCCCCGUUUCCCCUUCCUCAUCCAAACCGCGCCACAUGAGCAUUCCCAACCUCCUUAGCGAUGAUGGAAAACGAAGCGCCAUUGUCAACAGGCGUGCCAGUGGACUAGAUGCUGAAUACAACCUUGAAAUUCGCCAGCAGCCGGUAGCCGCACGAUCGUGUGGCUUUGGAGAGAGAGACAGGAGGGUUAUUGACCCACCUCCUAUCGUUCAGCUCACCAUCAACAGCAUCUACCUCAGUAAAGCGGAGAUUAACGCACGACUAAAAUAUCCUCAUUAUAUCAUGACUUGCUCGAUUUAUGAUGAUUCUGGGACUCAGGAUGCGGCUUUCAUGCCCGAGGAAUACCGACAACAGCGACGACUCAUGGGCUCUCUGGUCGGUGCGCCGUUUGUGGGAAAAGACGAGUUUGGAAAAGAGGGGUGCUUUUUUUGCUUCCCUGAUCUGUCUUGUCGGACGCCAGGGGCAUUUCGUCUCAAAUUCAGUUUAGUCAUGAUUGACCCCUCUCGUGCAAGCGAUGUGGUGCAUUUCCCGGUUCUUAUCGAAACUACCACCAACGUCUUCACCGUCUUCAGCGCCAAAGACUUUCCCGGAAUGCAGGCUAGCACGAAGUUGACAAAGCGACUAAAGGAACAAGGGUGUAUCAUCUCCAUCAAGAAAGGCAACGACAGGUCGAAAAAUUCCAGGAUCCACGAUGACUUGAGUGAUCAGGAGCAAGACGAAGGGGGCCCGUCUUCUUAUGGCAAAAGGCAACGGCUUUCCGGUCAACAAUAG